AUGAAUAUCUUAUCAAGAACAAUUAAUCAUUCUAAAAAUUUCCUUACCGGAAAUCAUUUUCAAAAGGUAAUUCCAGGAUGUCAAUAUACAACCAACAAUAUUAGAGGAUCUUUAUAUGAAUAUGAACCAUUAUCAGAGAAUAUAGUUGUCACUGCAAGGGAACAAAAUAACUAUUUUGUAUUUGGAGAUAAAAAAGUAGGAGAAAUCUUGGAAAAGAAAAAAGAUAAUGAAAUUGUAACGGUUGGUGAACAUGAAUUGAUUAUCAAUGCCAUUAGAAAGAUGGUCGAUAAAAAGAUUGGAUCCAUUUUGGUAGUCAACUCUGAAAACAAACUAAAAGGUAUCUUUUCUGAAAGGGACUAUUUAUCAAAGGUAAAUUUGGCAGGUCUAUCAUCACGAGAGAGUCCAGUGGAGCAAGUCAUGACCAAAAACGUCAAAACAAUCAAGAGUGAUACCUGUACGUUGGACGCCAUGAAGAUUAUGACAACCAAGAAAUUCCGUCAUUUACCCGUUGUCGACAAUAACAAACAUAUCAUCGGUGUUGUUUCCAUUCAAGAUUUAAUCAAUUCUGUUCAUUCAAAUCAAAAAGAAACUAUUAAAUAUCUUCGUGAAUUUAUUAGCGAUUCCAACUCUUAUUCAUUGUCUGGUAAUUUUAAAAAUGAUGGAAAAUAA